AUGAAUUCACGAUACUCUUGCCAGGACAAGAUCGUGGCGGUGACUGGAGGUGGAUCAGGCAUCGGGCUCGAAUAUUGUCUUCUCGCGCGGGAGAAAGGAGCCAGGAAGGUCAUCAUUGCCGACUUACGCUUGACAGAGGCUGCCCAGAGAGCUGUGCAAUCUGACCCAAAUCUGGUAUUCCAAGCGUGCAAUGUCACAAAGUGGAAAGAUCUACAGGAAACGAUCGAAGUUUCGCUACACAGAUUUGGAGAUGUGCCCAGUGUCUAUGUCGCAUCAGCUGGAGUAUUCGAGCCACCAUAUUCCAAUUUUUGGGAAGAUCCGGAGCCUUUGGAAGCCAACGGCUAUGCCCACGUGGACAUCAAUGUGAAUCACCCAAUCAAGCUCACUCGUCUGGCUUUGCGCGCUCUGCUUGGGAGGAAUAAAAAAGGGGUCGUAGCCCUGGUAUCGUCAAUGGCAGGCUACAGCAAACACUACUCCGCUCCGCUUUACAGCGCCACAAAGCAUGCCGUCGUGGGCUUCGCCCGGAGUAUGGGAGACGCUGAGCAGGUCCAAGGUGUCAAGGUUGUAUGCGUCUGUCCAGGCAUUGUAACGACACCCAUCUGGACUGACGGCGCACCAGGCUCUGGUGCUCGAUACGGCAUCACGGACGACAUUGCUCUAACGAGUAAUGUAGUAGCAGAGGCCAUUGCCGAAGCCAUUGAGUCGCCCUAUAUACCGGGUGGUACAAUACUUGAAAUCUCUAAACUCGGAGGCACUCGAGUCGUUCCCGAGUGGAACAUUGAUCCUCCACAUGGCACGGAAGACGACAAGGCGGCGAUGGGCAAUGCUGCGCCGCCGGAGAUGAUCAAGAACGUAAUGGGUCCGAUCUUGAGGGUGACUGAAGCAGAGCGGGACAAGGCUUGCUUGAUUGAGGUGGAUAAUAUCAGGCUUCAACAAUCCCCAAGAGCCGAAGUCAACAAUAGCACAAUGGAAACGAAGCCUGCACCGUCCAUUAAUAACGCAAAGACAGAGACAAAAGAGGUUCUGGCCGAUGACUGCGUCUUGAUAGUCGGUGGCGGACCCGUUGGUCUUUUGACCGCAGCUGUCUUUGCGUUCUACGGCAUUCCCUCGGUCAUCAUUGAGAGGAACUCAGAUACAACCAGCUGGGGCUUGCUGAGGAGCUUCGGCGUCAAGGCCGCCGUAGGAAUUCCGCCAGAAACACCUUACACCGUGCUCUUUUCCACGGGCUUGGGCUCGCACGCCCCUGUAACUGCGUGGGAGCUCCCUGGAGUGAGCCGAUUCAGAGAGACGAUCAAGUCAGAGAAUAAUGGUUCGCAGCCAUUAGAACCCUACCAAAGACUAUCUCAGGAGAUCUUCGAGUCUUGGAUGAGAAAGGUUUGCGAGGCUGAUCCGUUGAUUGACAUUCGAUUUGGCUGGAAAUUAGAUGCCAUUAAUGAGACGACACAUGACGUCGAGGCGUUUGUGAGCAAAAGAAUUGGUUCCGAUACCAAGCUACAUCGUUUCAAGUCGAGAUAUGUCGUGGCUUGCGACGGUGCAUCAAGUCGAUGUCGACGCGCACUUAACAUACCCCUUGAUGGCGGCCCAGUGCCGAGUUCAUUCCUUUUGGUCCACUUCAAAUCGAGAGAUACUUCAAAGCUCUUCAAACAGGGCAAUUUUUGGCACCUAUUUAUCCUCAAAAAUGGCGAGUUUGGAGGAGCAGUGAUCUCGCAGGAUGCGAAAGAGAUCUUCACCAUACACUACGCGAUUCCCCCAGGAACCGAUCCUUCGGCAGUCUCGUCUGAGGAGGCGAUUUACACACUACUAGGGGGUAUUGGCAAGCCGUUUGAAAUCAGAAUCGACGAUAUCCUCGUGCGAUCUACUUACCGCCCUAGCAUUGCAGUUGCACGCAGCUUCUCCGGACCCAAAAUGCGCGUCUUCCUUGCAGGAGACGCAGCACACCAAAACGUGCCCACUGGCGGCUACGGAAUGAACACGGGGCUGGGCGAUGCAUUUGACAUCGGAUGGAAGCUGGCUGCGGUGAUCAGGGGGUGGGGAAGCCCGGGGUUACUGGCGGCCUAUGAGCAGGAGCGACGACCAGUCGCCAUCAGGAACGUUGAGAGGUCGGGAGUGCACAUGGAUGUGCACAUGCGAGCUGUACAAAUGCUGGCUGACGGCAUGGUGUUCGAGCUGGAGAGACAUGAUUCCGAGAAGGGCAAGCGACUGAGAGAUUCGAUACACAAGCAUUACCAGAAUCAUGACGGCGAGAAUACUGAUCUAGGGAUUGAGAUGGGGUACAGGUACAAGUCGGGAAUCGUUUGGUCUCCGCGGGAUGAGGAAGAAGGAGGUAGCGUUGAGCCGCCUUGGGAUGCUCAUGUCUACAGGGCCACGACUUGGCCCGGGAGCCGGGCCCCUCACGUCUUUCUAAGCGAUGGAUCUGCCAUUUUUGACAGAUUUGGCAAGCAUUUUACUUUGAUGGAAUUCGAAGUCACCAACAAAUUUGCCAAAUUUGGGCUAGGUAGCCAUCUUCUGAUCGAGGCUGCGAACAGGCUGGGCGUGCCGCUUAGCCAUGUCCGCCUCGCCGGCGAGGAGCACGCAGCACGGCUUUGGGAGAAGCCGCUGGUUCUUGUUAGGCCGGAUGGCCAUGUUACGUGGAGAAGCGAUUGCGUAAAAGAUGCAACUAUUGCGGGCAAUAUCAUUGAGACCGCUGUGGGCUGCCAUUGCACCGUACCUGACCCGGGCACCAUAAACGAUCCUGGUAAAAUUCCUGCUGUCUUCACCAUGGUAGGAGAUGAGACUACAACACAGACAAGGGACUACAGGCUGGAAAAUAUGGGAGAUUUUCAGAGGUGA